AUGGUAAUGCUAUACCGAUGUCGGUAUAAAAUAGGUCGAUCAACCGGUGGGGCCGCCGCCCGUGGACAUAUAUAUUACUCGAGUGGCUUCCUGCUCAACGUGCAGCUGGCUUAUCUGACUUCUCCCUUCCGGUACAUGUUUUUCCAAACCCAGUCGUCUCACCAGUACCUCCACAGCAGAGUGGAAGAUGGACCAAUUUUUCAAAUUUCUGGCGUGAUUGUGCGCCCGCGCUUCGCCGAAGACGUUGCAGCCUUGGUCUCCGUCCUUGCCACAAACAACGUUCCCUUUUCCGUUCGUGUUGGUGGUCAUGACAUGUUUGGACGCUCACAAAUACACGAUGCUGUUACCAUUGAUCUCCGCGAGAUCGCAUAUGUUGAUAUAGACCACACUGGUCAUACUGCACGUCUGGGAGGUGGUAUACUUGUUGCAGAAUUGAUUAAAGAGCUGGAGAAAGACAAUCUAGUGACACCACAUGGCGUGAUACCUGGCGUGGGAUAUGUGGGUUGGGCAACCUACGGCGGGUAUGGCCUCCUCAGCACUCAGUAUGGGUUAGGGGUGGACCAGAUUCUGGAUGCCCAGGUGGUGGAUUGUGAAGGCCGCAUUCGCCGUGCAGAUAAAGAUAUGUUGAAAGCCAUCCGAGGAGCUGGAGGAUUGUUAGGCAUUAUUGUCGAGGUCACGAUCAAGGUGUAUCCGUUGGGCCAGGUCAGUGAAGCGUCCCCUUCUCGUACGUAA